AUGCGCUUAACCCGAAGAUAUCAAAUCGACGAGAACAUUCGCACGGGAAAAUACGUGAUACCUGUGGCCCUGAACGAACUAUUCGUGAAGGUGGCCCUUAGUCUACUACUUGCGUACUCGAUUUUCUUCACCGAUAUUCCGAUAGGAUAUGAUACUUCUCACCUCAGUCAUGUUUUCGACCUCAUGUUUGCCUACCAGCGGCUGUUCUUCGCCAUAUGCUUGAUAGUUUGCAAUGAGAAGUUCACUGUGUUCAGAAAAAGCAGAAGCAGGAUCGAUAGAAUGGUCGAACAAGAAGCAGCAGCCAGUUCGAAACAUUUUGCUCAGCUCAAGGUAAGCGUGGUGAAAAACCUGCCAAGUGCUCCCUUUUUCCCUGAUCAACAACCUUCUAAAAUAUGUGAUGAGAUGUCAAGACAAAAUAUAAAAUUAAUGUUUUUCGUCAUGUUCGCCUUGUACCUGAUAUUACUUCAGGUAUCAUGA